AUGAACGAAAACAUCAACUACUCCGCUGCCAAUGGUACAUGGCAUGGUGAACUGCUGGACAGUCCUCUCUGUCAUAAGUGCCUCGAAAUACAUGACCAUCAUGCAUGUACUACUCCCUCCAAACCCUUUUUAGACUCACCAGACGCUUUGUCCCUUCCCCCUCGAUCCAUCAAAUCUCGUAUCACGGGGGCCCUUUCCAUCCACGAUUACCAUAAGUUCCUCUCCAAAUCCGCAGACCGCAUUGGCGAUCCUGUCGAUCAUACAGGAAGGAAAUUGAAGCGAAAAACUGCUGCAUUGCAUUUGAAUCGUCCCUCCGCCCUUCCCAUCUCUUAUCCUGUAUCUGUAUCCUCUGUGGCCUCGAGUCCUCCGCCACUUUCCCCUUCCUACUCCCAUAGUAUCGUCUCUCAGUGGAGUGAAGAGCCCGAGAUCGGGGAAGCCCAGACUGUUCAUUAUCAAGCUGCCCAAAGCUCACGAUUACCUGUUGCCUCGGAUCUUGGGACUCGUGCGAGACCAAAUAGGAAGCGACUGAAUACAUUUCGUGAAAAGCUUCAACAAAGGGCCCAGGCUCAAGCGGAAGAAGCUGAGCGUGCCAAACCUCAACCCUCGGACUCAAUGCUGGCCAGUACGCAGGCCGUUGCCACCGUCUCACACGGUGGCGCCUGCUUUGAGAUCCUGAAUCCGCGCAAGUCGCUGGAUCUAGCACGCAUCGUCUCAUAUAUUGAAGACGUUGAUAAUUGCUCCGUGGUCUCCUCGGACAAUCAGCGAGACUCUACUUUCUCCAUCGACCAAGGACUGGACCGGGUAUCCCUGUCCCAAUUCACAGAUGCCUCAUUACCAUCAUUCUACUCCACCAACUCGUUGUACACCUCUCUCCAGGCCGAUUCCCUAACACCCAAAGGUCAACCCACGGAAAUUGCAUCCUCACAGCGAACCCACGAACGCAUCCAGUCUCUAUCAGACUAUUCUAUCAAUGAACAAGGUUUCAACUACUGGAGCCGACCUGCACAGCACACUGAAGACAACGGUCUGCGCAUCCAAACCUACAACGACCACCCACGCAGCGAUGGAGAGGUCGCACAGUCAUACGUGACCCCCACAGAGAAGUCCAACCUCCCAAACCUAGAGUUCUCCAACCGACCCUCCACCCCAUCAACACAAACCUUCUACUCAGAAAGCGAGAUUGGCGAGCCUGGCUCACCCGUCUACGCAAACGGCGAUUGGGCCCAAGUCGACGAUCGCGACAGAGGCAUCUUGUUCGACUCAGACCAAACAACUGAUCAGCACUUCUCAUACUCGCAAGCACCAACACCCCGCGAAAGCCCUCUCGACACACCAGGUGACUCCCCCAUACCCAUCUACUCCUCGUUCGACCCCGCCUAUCCCUACCCAACCUCCGUCUCCACUUCCAAGCUCCCCCAUUACUCCACCCCCUACGAUCCCUACACCUAUGACCCGGUGUACCUGGACCCACAUGUCCAGUCCGUCCUCGCAGCUGCGAACGCCGAGACGAUGGGGUUACGGGGAAGUCCUGCACGCGCACUGGAUGAGCUGCAGCGAGGGGCGCGCUCUGGCGAGACCAGUCCGCGAUUCGAGUUCCAGCGGAGAAAAAGUGAUGAGCGGAAGAGCGGGGCGCAGAGGAAGGGGUUGAGGAAGUUCUUCAGCUGGAAGCAUGGGAAUUAG